AUGUCGAAAGCAUAUAAAACAUAUUGUACUGUCUUUGGAUGCCUCAACAACAAUUCCUCAAAUCCACAAUUAUCGUUCUUCAAAAUACCUAUUGAACACGAAAAGCGCUUACAAUGGCUGCGAUUAAUAUCACGUGAAGAUUUGACAAAUAAAGUUCCAUCUCAGCAUCGCGUAUGUGAAGUACAUUUCAAGGCAGAAGACGUUCAAAUGAAGACAAUUCGCAAAUCAUUAAAGAAAAAUUCUCUGCCAUGUUUGCAUUUGCCUACCCUAACUAAAGAAGAUAAACAGACCCAAAUUGAUAUAAUGGCAGAAAAUACUGCAUGCCAAACAUACAUCAGUAAUAUUUUGAAAAAUGAAACUCAAAUUGAUAUAACAACAGCAAGUUCUUCGAGCCAAACAGAAAUGACCAAUACGUCAGAUAAUAUAACUCAAACUGCCGCUUCGCUUAGUGCAAAUACUCCACGCAAAAGAAAACUAAUAUCUGAAUUAUUAGAAUGCAAAAAGCGGUUGAAAUUAUAUGAAACAGAACCGACUGCGACAAAGUCGCAACUAGACAUGUUUUAUAAGCUGUGUGAUCGCUUUUUAUCGAAGAAGUUAGCCGUACUAGUAAAAGAAAAAAUUGUACGUUAG